AGUUGUUUACGUUUUUUGCAAUAAUCAACAGGCUGCAGGCCUGAAAAUUUCCAUCGAAUCUGUGCCUUUGUUUCCCCAUAAAUACCCCCCAAAAGUCUGGAGUUGCGCUUAUUUGAAUCCAAGAUGAGGAGGCUCUGUUUAGCCUGGCUUCUCCUGGUGGCUGUCUCUGGGCAAAACUAUUGCGAUCCAGAGCUCUGUUCGGGCGGCGGUCGUCAUGUGGCCUGCCAGAACAGUGGACGCUUUGCCAGCGGCUGUCGUGGCGAGUUUGUCCAGGUGAAUCCCUACAUACAGCUCAUACUGCAGCUGCACAAUGAUCGGCGCAAUCUGAUAGCCGGCGGAGGAGUGAGCGGCUUUCCUAGCGCCUUGCACAUGGCCACCAUGAGCUGGGACACCACGCUGGCCCAGCUGGCCGCCUACAAUGCGCUGCAGUGCCGCAUGGCGCACGAUGAGUGCCGCAACACCAACACAUAUCGCUUUGCGGGCCAGAAUCUCAGCAUACUCUUCUCCAGGACCGUGGAAAUUACGGACUUCCUAAGGCAAAGGAUAGCCUCCUGGUUUGAUGAGAACCGUGAUGCCACCAGUGGCGACAUUGAGAACUACCAGAUGCGAGGCGGGCCGGCCAUUGGUCACUUCACAACCAUGGUGAACGAGCGCAACAACCGUGUGGGCUGUGCCAUUGUCCGCUUUACGGACUCCAAUAACGUCCAGGCCACUUUGCUAGCCUGCAACUAUGCCGUAACCAAUGUCAUAAACAAUCCCGUCUACCGGGCAGGAGCCGCCGCCGGAGAGUGCACCACGGGGCGUAAUGCCAACUAUGCAAAUCUCUGUGCUGCGAAUGAGCCAUACAACUACAACCAGUGGUCGGGUUGAGACAGGGACGAAAGCAUUGCAGCUUUAUGUGUAAUUCUGAUGUUGUUUUUAUAUAAAUA